AUGAGCGAAACACGGGUUUUUGGGCAUAAGAAAUCUCUAUUGGGCGACCUAAUGGCGAGGAAAUAUGAGAAAUCUGUUGAGCCGACAUUGGCAUCGGAAAGCGGGAGAGGCUCUGGUGAUACGGUUUCGAAUCGAGAACUGAUACACGGAGUGGCGAGCUCGCUUUUUGAAGCGACUUUGACCAGGUUCAGGGCCAGUAAGACGGCUGACGAGAUAUCCAUUGAAGAAGAUUUUGAAAGAUACGCUACCGCAGCACAGUCUGAGAGUUCUGACAGUUUUUGGAAAGAUGAGAAUUUCAGGCAGGACUACGAGUCAAGUGUUACGGGGGAAGCUAAGGAUGUGACCCCAAAGAAGUCUGCUAUCCCAAGGGCCGUUGAAGAGACGCAAGAGCACUUUGUCGAUAUUUUGCUGGACAAAAUGAUUUCACGUAUUUUGCCCGAGGAAUUCCCAGAAAGAGAACAUUUUACGCAAAGGGUUAAUGAUCCAACGAGACGGCGCAGAGAUAAGCUGUCAGCGACGAUUUUUGCGAACAAUUUGAAAGUUCUGACGGCCAAGAUGGGAUCUGUGUUCGAAUUUCAGGACAGCGUCAUACGACUAUUAGCAUGGAGGAACCCGUCUGGAACGGUUACCAUGCUUAUUGUGGUGACCAUAGUGUGUUUCGAUCCCAUUUUUCUCACAAUUUUACCUCUGCUUUUCGUCUUGUAUGGUUUGAUGAUCCAGGGAUACACUCAGCGACAUUCUUUGAGAAGACGUGCGUAUCUGUCACGUAACGUGUACGGGAAAUCGCUUUUGGUCUCUCUCGCCAGCGGAGGCAAACGUACCAGUUGGGGUUACGGCGAUUCUGUCCACGAGUAUGAUUAUCGUACCGGAGCAGACGAUAUCAACGCGAUACGUGCUAAUCAAAUAAAACAAAGUAUGGAAUUUGUGGUCAAUUUGAGAGAUUUGCAAAAUUCUAUGACCAUGCUCGUGUUGCUCUCGAAUAGUUUAGAAAAAUUCAUUUACGGAACUGCUGGGUUCAAAGAAGAGCACAGGUCUACAGCUUUAUUUUUGGUCGGACUCAUAGCUAUUAUCCCUUUGUGGAUUGCUGGGAGAUUCAUAAAUUGGAGUGUUGUCUCCAGCCUGAGCGUAUGGGCUGUUAUGUUAGCCAUUCACCCCAAACUUCGCCCUAAGCUAACCAAAAUCGUUAAACAGGAACAGAUUGAGAUGGGUAAAGAAGUGCUCAGCAGGACUGAGCGCUAUGGGAUUAUUCUUGAUGAACCGCCCGAGGAAAGAUUUGUGGAAAUUUUCGAAAUUUACAAGCAAGGAAUAACCCCCCACGUAUGGGACUUUUAUUUGUAUUCGCCUUGUAUCUUCGAUCCUUCAGAUUCCUUCCGCAAAGCCAAAAAGCCACCUCCUGGUACCCAGGAUUUGGACUCCGUCUUUGCGCCUGCUACUUGGUCGUAUGAGCGAAAUACCGGUUGGGAAAUUGAUUGCAAUAUCGCGAAGUGGGCUCUUGAGUGGGGUAAAGAUUUGAAAGUCGAUGAAGACUUUUUCCUCGUUGACGAUUCUUUCAAAAGAAGAAGGCUCAAACGGAAGGUGGUUAGGUAUGCAAGACCCGCUCGUAAGCCUUCUUACAGAAUGUGA